UGUAAGUGAUGCUAAUGUGGUUGAUUCUAAAAUUUCCUUCAGUAUAAAAGUGACGAAAGUUUGAAGAUGAGAAUAAGUUUGAAGCUGAGCUUUGUCGAGUGUUGAACGAGUGCUGAUAGAUUUUAAAGAACAAAAUAUGUAUAAAUUUGUAUGUCUACUGGCUUUUGUGAGUGCAGCCUAUGCGGCCAGCAUUGGCAGUGCGGUUGAAACGACUACAGAGAAGCGUGAAAUAAUACCGUUACUUAAAUUUGAAACCAAUAGAAAUCCUGAUGGGUCAUUCGAUUUCGCCUACGAGGGUGGCGAUAAGAGCGCACGCCAAGAGUCUGGUAUUGUGGAAAAUGCUGGUACCGAGGACGAAGCGCUCGAAGUGCAUGGCUCUUACCGUUACAUAGACGCCGACGGUCAAGAAAUCGAGGUACACUACACUGCCGGAAAGAAUGGGUUUGUGCCAAUAGGUACCAAUAUUCCCGUUGCAAUCUCAGAAGCCGCUAAGGCUGCAGCUGAUCAACCAAAUGAACCUAUGGAACUGGAGAAGGGAAAUCGUGCAGCACGCUCGAGUAAGGGAAAGGAAGAAAAGGAUGAGGAGGAUGAAGGCAAGCAAAACAAAGGGGAUAAGAAAGAAAAGGAUGGAAAGAAAGAGAAAGAAGUUGAGCCCAAAGAAUCAGAAAAAUUAGAACAGAAAAAGGAAGAGAAGGAAGAUAAGCCAGCAGAGGAGCCACAAAAGGAAAGCAAAACACAAGAGGGUGAUAAAAAGAAGAAAAACGAGAAAAAAGAAGUUGAAGAGGAACAGAAACCUGCUGAGGCGAAGGAAGGUGCAGCGAGGAAGGAGAAUGAAAAAGUGGAGACACCCGAGGAGCCAAAGAAGGUAGAGAAAGAGGAAAAAGCAGAAAAAUCAGAGGAACCUAAAAAAGCCGAAGAGGCAGAAGAGAAAAAGGAAGCCUAAGUCGAACUCUUCAUAGCAAAAUGAUAUGCUGGCAUUUAACGAACGCGAAAAAGCUUAAGAAAAAAAAACAUUUUCAAAGAAGUAAACUAUAAAAAUAUUUUUGUUACCUACCUCGAGUUUGAAGAAGAAGAAACUUGCAAGGCAAUGCUCACUCUUCGAUGAAUCAACUAAUUUGUAUUGUAUUUGUAAAAAUUUAGCUCAUGUAAGUGCGCCUGACCCAUUUCGAACUGGUUGCUCGAAUUAAUCUAAGGUUUAGGUUUAAUGUGAAAAUUUAUUUUUAAG